AUGACAAGUCGCUCGAAGGCUUGCGCUCGGAAGACUUUCUCGAUGUUCCGACGCUGCCAAGUUCCGACCCAGACACCGAAAAAGAUGCUGUCUUCGGUAUCACACAAAAAGAGGGCGUUCAGUGAGUAAGAAGAAAUCUGGUAGAACGAUUCAGUCGGAAGAUUUGGAAAUUCAACGAACGCACCCUUCCCAGCUUCGUCACCCUCGGCUGGGUGCAUGCCACUGUGUUCCUCAUGUGAGUUGACGAGUGUCCGCGCGAGGGAUAUCUUUUCUGUGGCAGCUCCGCUCAUGAGACCUGUGUGAAAUGUCGGGACUUGAACAGGAAAACUCAAAUCGGCCUGGGCAUACUGGGCGAGUAUUCGAGUGUCAUAGAGCAUCGGAUAUGGAGAGUGGAGCUUGGGCUGAUGACGAGAAGUAUACCCACCUCCCUGUACCAUUCAGUUCUUCCUCGAGUUUUCUCGAAAGUGGGACUCGUGCCCGGCGUUCUAAUGCUCAUCUUCGUUUCAGCCAUGACGACAUGGAGUGCCUAUGUGGUGGGGACGUGAGUAUAACGAUCCUUGAAGGAGGGAAGGGGUGGACCCAAACCACCGGGUGAAGGAUCUGUAGAGCCCGUUUCCCAGGCGCCAGGAGCUGAUGGUGCCGACUUCCACCCUGCCACGCCGCACAGAUUCAAGCUGCGUCACCCAGAAGUGCAUUCGAUUGCGGACGCUGGAUAUAUCCUCGGGGGUCAUAUCGGACAGGAGGUACUUGGAGUCGUGUACACCUUCUACAUGCUCUCGGUCUGCGCGGGUGGACUAUUGGGAUUCUCGACCGCCCUCAAUGCGGUUUCGAACCACUCCGCCUGCACCGUUUGGUUCGUCCUGGUUUCCGCAGUAAUCACCUAUAUAUUCGCCAUCAUCCGAACGAUCGGCAAGCUUUCAUUCUUGGGAUGGAUCGGUGUCGCUUCAAGUUUGAUAGCCGUGACGACGACAGCGAUCGUUAUCGCCCUGCAGAACAAGCCUUCGGCCUCGAGACACACCGACUACGGGCUGGCCACGUUCCAUAUCUUCGGCAGACCCUCUUUGGUCGACGCAACGCACGCCCUUGGAUCGAUAGUGUUCGCUUACGGAGGCGUGCCAGCAUUCUUCACAGUCGUCGCAGAGAUGCGCGAACCGAAGAAGUUCCACCGCGUUGUGCUCUUCUGCCAGGGGUUCACCACCGGCACCUAUCUGCUUGUCGGACUGGUGAUCUACAUUUUUUGCGGCGAUGUGGUAUUGUCACCCGCCUUGAAGUCAGCUGGACCCGUCUUUAAGAAGGUAUGCUACUCUCUUGCCUCCCCGGCGAUCAUCAUUGGGUACGUCAAUACACUGCGAUUCGAAGCCGUAGCCACUGCUUGAAUUGACCAUCCCCAUGUUCCAUGGAUUGAAGUUCCAUCAUCUACCUCCACCUAGCGGCGAAAUACAUCUUCGUUCGUGUCUUGCGCGGAGGCCCUCAUCUCACAACAAAUUCCGUCAAGCACUGGGUCACCUGGAUCUCGAGCGUCACUGCUUGCCUUGUGGUGGCGUUCUUCGUCGCCCAAGCCGUCUCGGUCAGCGAGCACUUGGUCGGCUUCGUCGGCGCGCUCUUUGGGAGCCUGAUGAGCAUUAACAUCAUGGGAAUGAUGUGGCUGUACGACAACUUGCAUCGGCGGCAUUGCGAACAGACGUGGAGGUUCAGGGGACUUGUGGCUUGGAACAUCUUUAUGAUUGUAGGGGGUCUUUUCAUUUGCAUUGCGGGGUGAGUUCGGAUGAAGCAAGGUCACACCCGGGGUUCAACCUGAUUUCAACGGACUGACACGUCGAGUUACUUCUUCACAGUACUUAUGGGUCGGUCGCUCUCAUGAUUGUGGCGCACCGGGGCAAAGCAUUGCCUAUUUUUAGGUGCUCAGACAACUCCAUCUGA